GCCUUGCUCUCCGAGCACGCUCGUCUCGCCAUUUGGUCAAAGACGAUCUCCUCGUCGUCAUCGUCUCCUUCUCCAUCCUUCUCCGCUCUCCUCCGGGGUGGACAACCCCAUCAGGCACCACCAGUUCACUCUCACCGAACCCAAACCCGCCACGGUUCCUCUGCUCCGACCCAGACCCACCAGAGCAGGCGACGGACUGACGGAGGGGGGGAUGGCCAAAAUGUCCUCCGUGCUCUACCUUCCCCUGCUCGUGCUGCUCGCGGCCUCGGCCGCGGCGGCUACAGAUGCCGCGGACCCGUCGGCGCACGAGGCGCUGUUCGACGCGUGGUGCGCGGAGCACGGGAAGGCCUACGCCACGCCCGAGGAGCGCGCAGCGCGGCUCGCCGUGUUCGCGGACAACGCGGCCUUCGUGGCGGCGCACAACGCCCGCGCCAACGCCAACGCCAACGCCGUCGCCGGGUGGUCCGCGUCCCCGUCCUACACGCUCGCGCUCAACGCCUUCGCGGACCUCACGCACGACGAGUUCCGCGCCGCGCGCCUCGGCCGCCUCGCGGCCGGCCGGGCCGGGUCGACGCUCCGGAGCGCCGGCGCGCCCGUGUACGGGGGCCUCGGCGGCGGCGUCGCCGCGGUCCCCGAUGCGGUGGACUGGAGGAAGAGCGGGGCGGUCACCAAGGUCAAGGACCAGGGCAGCUGCGGAGCCUGUUGGAGCUUUUCCGCUACAGGUGCUAUUGAAGGAAUAAACAAAAUCAAGACAGGCUCGCUGGUCAGUCUUUCUGAACAGGAACUAAUUGACUGUGACAGAUCAUAUAAUAGCGGCUGUGGUGGUGGCCUCAUGGACUAUGCUUUUAAGUUCGUGGUUAAAAAUGGUGGAAUUGACACAGAGGAGGAUUAUCCCUACCGUGAAGCGGAUGGAACAUGCAACAAGAACAAGCUGAAAAGGCGAGCUGUGACAAUUGAUGGUUACUCUGAUGUUCCUUCCAACAAAGAAGACUUAUUGCUCCAGGCUGUUGCCCAGCAGCCAGUUAGUGUGGGAAUAUGUGGCAGCGCCAGAGCAUUUCAGCUAUACUCCCAGGGCAUCUUUGAUGGUCCAUGUCCAACAUCUCUUGAUCAUGCUGUGUUAAUCGUGGGUUAUGGCUCCGAAGGUGGCAAGGACUACUGGAUUGUGAAAAAUUCUUGGGGUGAAAGGUGGGGAAUGAAGGGCUACAUGUAUAUGCAUCGGAACACUGGUGAUUCCAGUGGUAUCUGCGGUAUAAACAUGAUGCCAUCAUUUCCUACCAAAACAAGCCCAAAUCCUCCUCCUUCACCAGGCCCUGGUCCAACCAAAUGCAGUCUGCUUACCUACUGUCCUGAAGGAUCCACUUGUUGUUGCUCAUGGCGCGUCUUGGGCUUUUGCCUUUCUUGGAGCUGCUGUGGACUGGACAAUGCAGUGUGCUGCAAGGAUAACCGUUACUGCUGCCCUCAUGACUAUCCUAUUUGCGAUACAGUUCGCGCCCAGUGUUUCAAGGCCAAUGGCAACGUUUCUGGUAUAGAAGGGAUCAAGAAGCAGCAGUCUUUCUCUAAAAUUCCCUCUUGGAAUGUGGCUGCUUGUAGAAUUCAAGUUCUGUUACCAUGCCCUAACAAAAUCUUUCUUACUUAUGUCUACUAGAGCAUCAAAGCCAUUAAUGGGAAGAGCCCCAUAGUGGUUGGACCUUGGGGAGGGACAGGAGGGUACCCUUGGGAUGACGGUGUGUACUCAACAAUACGCCAGAUUGUGAUCACCCAUGGUGCAGCUAUCGACUCUAUAAGGAUUGAGUAUGAUCUGAAAGGAAGAUCGGUUUGGUCAGAGACGCAUGGGGGCACUGAUGGAGGCUCCGAAACAGACAAGGUGAAGCUAGAUUUUCCAGAUGAAGUCCUUGUGUCUGUAAGUGGACACUACGGGUCUGUCUGCGGGACUCCAGUGAUUAUAAGAUCACUGACAUUUCAGAGCAACAGUUCAAAGUAUGGACCUUUUGGCACUGAAGAUGGGACGCCUUUCUCACUGCCAGUGAGCAGCGGCAAGAUCAUUGGAUUUUAUGGAAGGUCUGGGUCAUAUCUCAACUCAUUAGGCUUCUAUCUGAAGCAAGUGCAUUUUCCAAAUCCACUGAAUUCUCCAGCAACACCCAGAAGCCUCCCAAGUGCACAUAGUAGAAAUGGAUACAGCUUCACUGGAGGUGAUACUGGAGCUGACUUGGUCCUUGCUGUGCGAGAUAGAGGCGACAGUUAUGCUGUUUAUGCUAGCAAUCAACCCAAGCAGCAGUAUGUAAACCCAUCACCAGACUACAGUGAUGGAGCUGUCUGGAACAAGAUGGUUUCUUUCCCUAGUUACUAUGGAGAUAGAGGAGCUGCAGCCAUGAGCAGCCCUCAGACUUAUGGUCCCUGGGGUGGAAGUGGUGGCACCAUCUUUGACGAUGGUGUAUAUACUGGUGUGUGGCAGAUAAAUUUGACACGCGCAGUGGGAAUUUCUUCCAUGAAGGUGCUGUAUGAUCGAAACGGGCAGGCAGUAUGGGGCAACAAGCAUGGAUUCAGCGGAGGUGUUUCACCUGACAAGAUAGUAUUCGAUUUCCCGUCAGAGGUGUUGACUCAUAUUACUGGGUUUUACGAUUCGGUGAUAAUCAUGGGCCCGACUGUGGUCAGAUCGCUCACAUUCCACACAAACAAGCGAACGUAUGGGCCAUAUGGGGAUGAGUCUGGCACAUACUUCUCGACGAGUUUUACCAAUGGAAGGAUAGUAGGAUUUCAUGGCAGGGAGGGGUGGUACAUCGAUGGCAUUGGAGUUCAUGUGCAGGAAGGCAAGGUGGCACCGCAGCGAUUUGUUAGUAGAUCGACGACCGCUACUAGCCCGUCAUUUCAUUACAACAUGCUUGCUCAAGCACAGAGUGAUACGUAUACAAACAACGAGGUUGCUUAUGGCAUGGUGAAAGAACCGGUUCCAAUGGGACCAGGGCCAUGGGGCGGGGAGGGAGGCCGGCCAUGGGAUGACGGCGUCUACACCGGGGUGAAACAAAUCUACAUCAUGAGAGGUGCUUUCAUCGGGUCGAUUCAGGUCGAGUAUGACAGAGAUGGAUACUCUGUCUGGUCUGCAAGGCAUGGGAACAGCGGCCACAUAACCCACAGGGUGAAGCUGGACUACCCCCACGAGGUGCUGACGUGCGUGCAUGGCUACUACAACACGAGCAUGGGGGACGGGCCCCGGGUCCUGAGGUCGCUGACGUUCAUCACCAACCGGGGCAAGUACGGGCCCUUCGGUGACGAGGCCGGCGCCUACUUCUCGUCAGCGAUGACGGAGGGGAAGGUGGUGGGCUUCCACGGCCGCAGCGGGCAGCACCUCGACGCCAUCGGCGUGCACAUGCAGCACUGGAUCGUGGACAGGAGGCCAGCCCCCAAAUACGUGCUGUCCAAAUACCUCUUCUGAUAGCCGGGCACGUCAAAUCCGAAUGUAGUUUCAGCUCAUAAGAGAUGUAAUUUUGGGCAUUAUCUGGUGGCGGCAUUUGAGUUCAUUUGCCCGUAUUCAGGGCGGACUUCUCGAAUGGUGAUUUUUACAUAACUUGGAAACGCUAUCAAAUUGAAUAGAUGUAAAUUGUCGGAUUACCUCCGGUCUGUUGAAUUUGAAUACAUCUGUCAGUGCCUCA